UCCUGGAGACCCUCAUCCUCAUUUGACAGGCUGGGAGACCUAGGCCUUGGUCGGAGGUGGAGUGGGCUUCUUUUCACUUGAGCCAAGGCAGGGCCAAGGCGAAGCUCACCACCCGGAGCCCCUCGAUCCUCCUGCGAGCAAGGAUCGUGCUUGUUUGUCCCGCGCGCCCGCUGAGAUGUUCCGCCAGUGGUCGGUGCAGUCAGGACCGGCCCCCCGACGGCCUGGAUCCCUUGCGGCAACUGAGGAGCUGUGGGAGGAAGAAGUGGAGCGGCUGUGCGCCUCCCGGGCGCCGGUACGGAUGCUGCCCUACGCCAUGGCCGACAGGCGCUUCAUCCGGGAACUGCGGGAGCCCGAGGGGGUGAAGACCUCCUGCCGGCAGCGGUGGUGUCGCAGAGGGCAGGUGGCCCGACAGCACCUCAGGGAGGCAGCGCAGAAGCUGGCUCAUGGCUUCGGGCUUUGGGAGGGAGCACUCUACGAGAUUGGGGGCCUCUUCGGGACCGGGAUCCAGUCAUACUUCACUUUCCUUCGCUUCCUGCUGCUGCUCAACCUGCUGACCCUGCUGAUGACCGCCAGUUUCGUCCUGCUGCCCCUGGUCUGGCUCCACCACCCUGAGCCAGGCCCUGCCUUGAAACUGAGCCUCCAGUGCUCCGGCAGCCACCUGUCCCAGAGCGGCAUUCCGAAGUUCCACAACCCACUUUGGAAUAUUUUAACUGGCAGGGACAAGCACUCAGAACAGGGCCCAACCUGCGUUCACACGCCCUCGCUGUGUCCCCAGGCCUUCAACAACACCUAUCUCUUCUAUGGUGCCUACCGGGCAGAGCCAGAGCGCAACUCAGCAUACAGCAUCCGCCUGGCCUACCUCCUCACUCCAAUGGCUUGCCUGCUCCUCUGCUUCUGUGGGACACUGCAGCGGAUGGUACAGGGACUGCCACAGCAGCCACUCCUGGGCCAGGGAUACAGGGCACCCCUCAGCGCCAAAGUCUUCUCAUCUUGGGACUUCUGCAUCCGGGUGUGGGAAGCUGCCACCAUCAAGAAACAUGAAAUCAGCAAUGAACUGAAGGUGGAGCUGGAAGAGGGCCGCCGCCUGGAGCUGGCUCAACAGCAGACCCGCACCCAGAAGGCCUGCCACCUGCUCACCCACCUGCGUACCAAUGUCCUCAUUGCACUUCUAGUGGUUGGAGCCAUCAGCGCCAUCUUCUGGGCCACCAAGUACUCACAGGACAACAAGGAGGAGUCCCUUUUCCUGGUGCUGCAGUACCUGCCUCCUGGAGUCAUUGCCCUGGUCAACUUCCUGGGUCCCCAACUGUUCACGGUCCUGAUCCAGCUGGAGAACUUCCCUCCCAGCACUGAGGUCAACCUCACCCUAAUCUGGUGCGUGGUACUGAAGCUGGCCAGCCUGGGGAUGUUCUCCUUCUCGCUGGGUCAGACUGUGCUGUGCAUAGGCAGAAACAAGACCAGCUGCGAGACCUACGGCUACAACGCCUGCGAAUACCAGUGCUGGGAGAACUCCGUGGGUGAAGAGUUAUAUAAAUUAAUCAUCUUCAACUUCCUGCUCACCGUGGCCUUCGCCUUCCUGAUCAGCCUGCCUCGGAGGCUGUUAGUGGAGCGCUUCUCAGGCUGGUUCUGGACUUGGCUGGACCGGGAGGAGUUCCUGGUGCCCAAGAAUGUGCUGGACAUCGUGGCUGCGCAGACUGUCACCUGGAUGGGCCUCUUCUACUGCCCCCUGCUGCCGCUCCUCAACAGUGUCUUCCUCUUUCUCACCUUCUACAUCAAGAAGUACACUCUCCUGAGGAACUCCAGGGCGUCCCCAAGGCUGUUCCGAGCCUCCAGUUCCACCUUCUUCUUCCAACUGGUGUUGCUCCUGGGCUUGCUCUUGGCUGCAGUCCCUCUGGCCUACGUGAUCAGCAGCACCCACUCCUCCUGGGACUGUGGCCUGUUCACCAACUAUUCAGCCCCCUGGCAGGUGGUGCCAGAACUGGUGACCCUCCAGCUCCCACUUCCUGGCCAGCGUGCCCUCCGGUACCUCAGCUCCCACGCCUUCAGCUUCCCUCUCCUCAUUCUGCUCAGCCUCGUCCUGACCGUGUGCGUUUCCCAGUCCCGGGCGAACGCCAGAGCCAUCCAAGGGCUGCGGAAGCAGCUGGUGUGGCAGGUCCAGGAGAAGUGGCACUUGGUGGACGACUUGUCACGGCUGCUGCCCGAGCUGAGCCCGGAGCCCGAGUCCCCUCGCCCUCGCUCUCUAGCUUCGCGUCCGCGGUCCUUCUGCCCCGGAUUCCCGUGCCCAGGUUCACCCGGCCCCAGGACACCCCGGCUGGGACCCUCCACCAGGCUGAGCUCCUCGAGCUCCGGAGCCCCCAGUGCCUCGGUUCCUGUCGCCAGAUUUCACUUCCCUAGCCGCACAGAGAUGUAGCGCCGAUCGCCCCACAACCCACCCCACCCCCGGUUCUGCCACAGCUUCCUCCAGCGCCUCCACUCCCAUCCGUUACCGAGGAUCCCUAGUCUCAGGAGCCACUGCCUACAGCUGCUGGCCCCAGGCUUCAUCCUCAGGUCAGCAGGAAGAAGAUGAGAAUGUCUACCUCUGUUUUA